ACAUAAUUGAUUUCUACUUCAAAAUAACAAUUAACCCAUGUGCUUACAUCAUUAUUAAUAGACCAAUUCUGCGGAGCAGAAUUGCUAUAACUACUUGAGAAGAUAGAACUUGAAGAGACAUCACCAUACAAACAUGAAGUUUGAUCUGGUGCUAGUUAUUAUAGCAACCAUCAUUUUUGGAAUUGGGUUUGAAGGAUGCGAGUGCAAGAUUGUGCAGUUCAUUUUUGGAGACUCUCUGUCGGACUCUGGAAAUAACAAGUACCUCUCCAAAAGCCUUGCUCAGGCAAGUUUGCCUUGGUAUGGUAUUGAUAUGGGAAAUGGGCUCCCUAAUGGGAGGUUCUCUAAUGGCCGCACGGUUGCUGAUAUAAUAGGAGACAAUAUGGGGCUUCCUAGGCCUCCUGCAUUCCUGGACCCAUCUUUAAGUGAAGACAUUAUAUUGGAAAAUGGAGUGAAUUAUGCUUCUGGUGGAGGUGGCAUAUUGAAUGAAACUGGCGGAUAUUUUAUUCAAAGGUUUUCUCUCUACAAACAAAUUGAGCUGUUUCAGGGGACACAAAAACUAAUUACUAGCAAAAUUGGAAAAGAGGAAGCAGAGAAGUUUUUCCAAGAAGCUCGUUAUGUUGUUGCUUUAGGCAGUAACGAUUUCAUCAACAACUACUUGAUGCCAGUUUACAGUGAUUCUUGGACAUACAAUGAUCAAACCUUCAUGGACUACUUAGUAGGGACACUAGGAGAUCAACUGAAGAUACUGCAUAGCCUUGGAGCAAGGCAAUUGAUGGUGUUUGGGCUGGGCCCAAUGGGCUGCAUUCCCCUGCAAAGGGUUCUUAGUACAUCUGGGAAUUGUCAAGAGAAAACAAACAACUUGGCUCUUAGCUUUAAUAAAGCUACAAGCAAGUUAAUAUAUGACUUGGGAAAAGAAUUGCCCAAUUCAAGCUACAGAUUUGGAGAUGCAUAUGAUGUUGUUCAAAAUGUGAUUAGCAACCCAAGCAAGUAUGGAUUCGAAAACGCAGACUCACCCUGUUGCUCGUUCGGGAGAAUUCGACCGGCUCUUACUUGCAUCCCUGCAUCGACGCUGUGCAAAGAUAGAAGCAAGUACGUGUUUUGGGACGAGUACCAUCCCUCAGACAGCGCAAAUCAACUAAUUGCGAAUGAACUCAUCAAGAAAUUUGGAUUUAAGCGUGUCGAUGAAACCGGAGGUCCAUCUCCAUCACCUGACGUUGCUCCAUCUCCGGAUGAUUCUUGAUAUAACACAAGGUUUUCUUGCCUAAUGCUUUGCUUGCUUUUGUUUGUAAUGAAAGCAAGUUUGUUUCUGUUCCUUGAUCAGUCUGUUAUACUAAUUGUCUUGUUAAGGUUUGAGUUUGUCAAUUGUCAUGAAUGAUAAAGAGUAAUAUAUAGUAACAAAGAAACUUGUGUUAUUCCCAUGAAUGUGAAAUUAUAUAUUAAGCCCGAUUCUA